UGUCAUUUGGGGCCGGAGUGGAGUUUUUUCGCGCGGGGGCAAAGCGUAGCCUCGAGGGGCCGCUGCUUUGAGAGCCUUCGGAGGGCGUCCGGCCGAGGUUGUUUAUGUGUAGUAAGGGGGAGCUUGAAACCGACCAGGCUUGCCCCAUUUCCUCGCUUGUUUUCCUCGUCGGCUCGCUCGCGCCCGCUGGAUUCUACUCCAUGUUGACGCCGCCGCCGCCGCCGCCGGCGCCGCUGCUGCAAAGGUGACGACUCGACGGCCGCGGGAAGCCGAGGAAGGACCCCCCCCCGUCCCGCACCCCGCCCACUAGCUCGUUCUUAUCGCCGUCGAAAAGCCGUGCCCGGGCAGCGGUUCCGGGCUCAGCCCGCUUUUUCUUUUUUUAACAUUUUAUUUAUUUAUUUAUUUGGGUGCGAACUAAAAAAAAAGUAAAGGCAUCGGGGAAGAAAGACAGAAAGAGAGACAGAAAGAGAGCAGGCCAGCCACGCGGGAGGGCGCGAGAAAGACGCCAGUGACAGGCGUUCUCGGCGAACCGUCGGCUGGGUCGGAACCGUGAAGAUAGCAGCCAAUGAGGGCUACCCGUCAGUGCCCGGGGACAGGAAUUGAGGAUUUUCAGGGCUCCGCGAUUGUCCGAUGGAAAGUUCGGUUAUCACCCAAGUGCACAAAGAAGACGUCCAAGUGUCGCCCAAAGCAGGCCAGGUGAGCCGCUCGGCCCUGAAGCAGCCUCGGAGUUGUAACCUCUUCAAAGCGCUCUUCUGCUGCCUGCGAGCUCCGGAUGGGCCCAAACAUCCGCCGCCGCCGCCGCCCCCUUCCCAGCAGGCCUUGCUGGAGGCGCAGGAAAAUGGGGCGCUCGCCAAGUUGUGCGACGCCGGCCUCCUGCCCCGGGUGACCGCCCGCGACCAAGGCAAGAUCUGCGUGGUCAUCGAUCUGGACGAGACGCUGGUGCACAGCUCCUUCAAGCCGAUCAGCAACGCGGACUUCAUCGUGCCCGUGGAGAUCGAGGGGACCACGCACCAGGUGUACGUGCUCAAGAGGCCGUACGUCGACGAGUUCCUGCGGCGAAUGGGAGAGCUGUUUGAGUGCGUGCUGUUCACCGCCAGUUUGGCCAAGUACGCCGACCCCGUGACGGAUCUGCUGGACCAGUACAGCGUGUUCCGGGCCCGCCUCUUCCGGGAGUCGUGCGUCUUCCACCAAGGCUGCUACGUGAAAGAUUUGAGCCGGCUGGGCCGAGACCUUCGCAAGACGCUCAUCUUGGACAAUUCUCCCGCGUCCUACAUCUUUCACCCCGACAAUGCUAUCUCAUCCUCUCAUCGCACCAUGAACGUGUUUGACCGCAACAUCGACUUGGACGCUCUCUUCAAGUUCUCCCAAAUAUCCCAUUCCACCCAGGUGCACCUGAAGAAGGUCUACUCCAGCUUGGCGGCGUGCAUGUUCUUGGCUGCGGCCGGCGCCUACACGCAUGUCGUCUUGCGCCUCUUCCAGGGCGGCGUGGUGUUUGCCCUGGCAUCCCUGGCGAUGAUGGUGUGGCUGGCGGCGACGCCGCACGACGCCCGCACGGAGAAGAAGAGGCUGGCCAUCCUGGCGGGAUUCGCCUUCCUCAACGGCGUGGGUCUGGGCCCCACACUGGACUUUGUCAUCGCCGUCAACCCCAGCAUCAUCGUCACAGCCUUCCUGGGAACCUCGGUGAUUUUCAUUUGCUUCACGCUCAGCGCCCUCUAUGCCAAACGCAGGAGCUACCUGUUCCUCGGAGGCACGCUGAUGUCCGGCGUGUCCAUCCUCUUCCUGAUGUCGCUCGUCAACAUGUGGUUUGGGUCCGUGAUGCUCUUCAAGGCUCACAUGUACCUGGGCCUGCUCCUCAUGUGCGGCUUCGUCCUCUUCGACACUCAGCUCAUCAUUGAGAAGGCGGAGAACGGAGACAAGGACUACGUCUGGCACUGUGUGGACUUGUUCCUGGACUUCCUCACCAUCUUCCGCAAGUUGAUGGUCAUCCUCGCCCUGGGCGACAAGGACAAGAAGAAGGAGAAGAAGUAGACCGCUUUGCGCCGCGCCGCCCGCCCGUGACUUUGGAUUGGAUUUCUGCGGCCGACUUGUUGCCGUCUGACGGUCGGACGGCAAAUGCUUUGAUCUUUCUUUCCUUUUUAAUUUCCACGGGGUGAUUGUUUGUGCGUCCGUGCGGGCCGCCGCUCGGCCCGUAGAGGGGAGUCUCGGCCAGCGUCGCUUAACGACGCCGGCCCCCCCAUUUAGCGAGUUGCCGGAGUAGCGGCGUCGCGCGUGAUCCUUUAUUUUUUUUUCUUCUCAAAUGUUUAGCCGAGCGCGGUUUUGACACUGGAUGCCCUUCUCCGAUGUCCUCGCGGGUCAUGCUUUGAAUUCUCUUGGACUUGACUAAAUGCCGCGCUUUUUCUUUUCCCCUUCCGCCGAUGUCGGACGGUUUGCCAAAUGAAGUGAAGCUAACCUUCCGUUUUCCAGCGCAUACUGUGAAGAAUUGAGUUUGUUCAUGUCAAUGCUAAACUACACAUUUGAUACAUUUGCCCGAAUAAAUGUGUCGAGAGCA